CGCCUGGAACCAAUAUUAAGUUUUCUUCUGACCAAUUUCACUUCUACUGUGUUCCACUAUACAGUGUUAGAAGCUGGAAAUUGAACUGUAACAAAGAAGUAGUUCUGGGAAAAUGCAGGGAAUGUUUCCUAAAAGCACAUACUGAGACCCUAUAUGUUUUUCUUCACGUGACGCUCACUUUGAAAUAUUUGGAUAAAAUGAGAUGCUUGCGGAAACGAUCAGCAGUAUCAUUCUUAGGAGUCCUUGUCAUUUGCCUGCUGUUCAUGAACUUGUACAUUGAAGAUGGUUAUGUCUUGGAAGGGGACAAGCAAUUAAUCAGAGAAACAGCCACACACCAGCUUAAUUCAGAGCGCUAUGUUCACACUUUUAAAGAUUUGUCAAAUUUCUCAGGAUCUAUAAAUGUUUCCUAUCGCUAUCUAGCUGGCACACCUUUGCCAAGGAAAAGGUAUCUUACAAUUGGACUAUCCUCAGUCAAACGGAAAAAGGGGAAUUAUUUGCUCGAGACGAUCAAGUCCAUAUUUGAGCAGUCAAGUUAUGAGGAACUGAAGGAAAUUACGGUGGUGGUUCACCUAGCAGAUUUUGACUCAUCCUGGUGUGAAGGGAUGGUCCAGGACAUUUCACAGAAAUUUGCCCAUCACAUCAUUGCUGGCAGGUUAAUGGUUAUCCAUGCCCCUGAGGAGUACUAUCCAGUACUGGAUGGCCUUAAGAGAAAUUACAAUGACCCAGAAGACCGUGUGAAGUUCCGAUCCAAACAAAAUGUAGAUUAUGCUUUCCUGCUUAACUUUUGUGCUAAUCUUUCUGAUUAUUAUGUCAUGCUAGAAGAUGACGUUCGAUGCUCUAAAAACUUCUUGACUGCUGUUAAGAAAGUAAUUACCUCGCGAGAAGGUUCCUAUUGGGUGACUCUGGAGUUUUCCAAACUGGGCUAUAUUGGAAAGCUAUACCACUCCCAUGACCUCCCGCGCCUGGCUCAUUUUUUGCUGAUGUUUUACCAGGAAAUGCCUUGUGAUUGGCUGCUAAUCCAUUUCCGUGGGUUGUUAGCUCAAAAGGAUGUCAUCCGCUUUAAGCCAUCUCUGUUCCAGCACAUGGGAUAUUAUUCAUCCUACAAAGGAGCUGAGAACAAGCUAAAGGAUGACGACUUUGAAGAGGAUUCAUUUGACAUCCCUGACAACCCGCCCGCAAAUCUUCACACCAACAUGAAUGUAUUUGAAAACUACGAGGCAAGCAAGGCUUACAGCAGCAUUGAUGAGUACUUCUGGGGAAAAGCUCCUUCUACUGGAGAUCUCUAUGUGAUUGUCUUUGAAAAGCCUAUUAAAAUCAGUAAAAUUAAAGUUAUCACUGGAACAGAAGACCGGCAAAAUGACAUCUUGCAUUAUGGAGCCCUGGAAGUUGGGGAAAAAAUUGUAGGGAGCAAAAAAGGGAGGCAAUGUACUACUUACUUGAGACUAGGGGAAUUCAAAAAUGGAAAUUUUGAAAUGACAGAUGUGGAGCACAAAGUUCUGUUUGAUAUUAACUGCAUGAGAAUACUUGUUACCAAAAGUCAAAAGGAAUGGCUGAUCAUUAGGAGCAUUAGUAUUUGGACUUCUCAGCCACCAAAUCAAUAAGGCAAAAUUACUGAAGCUGGUCCUCCUCCUUUUGUGGUGGAGUGAAUGCCAUCGGUUGGGUCCCAACUGGUGUAAUUCCCCAAGGAGACUGACUGACUUCCAAUUAUUUACUUCUGACACUGGAAAUCUGGGGAAAUCAUAAAACAAGCAAAAGCAAUUUAUUUUGUACUAGUCCGCCAGGCAAUAUACAAACACUAGUUUGUUGGAAUGUUUGAAUUUUAUAGGAAAUGCAAACAAGUUCUCAUCCAUCACUUAAGAUUCAGAAAUCCUUCUCUUUUAUUUUAAUUUCUCCUUUGGGAAGAACUGCUGUACUAAACAAAGCCAAUGCUUUUCCAUUAUUCAGAAGUUUUGUAGGCUUUGACCAGUAUGUUGUCAGAUGAAAUUUGACUCCAUCAUAGCUACAUAUAAAUUAAUAAUCAGAUGGUAGUACAUGUUUGUACAAUAGUUGGUGGUGUAUUUGUUUGAAAGACAGUUGUGAUAAUGAAAGUCCAUUAAUGGAGCUUCCAAUUUCAUUUGAGCACUGUAAGAAAACAGUGUGGUUAAACAUUGUAACUUAUUUUAAAUGAAAAUACAUGUACAGUUAUAGAUCAGACAUGACAAUACUGUAAAAAUAGUUAAUUGCAUUCACUAUCCUGUCUCAACAAAUACGCUUUGUUCUUCUCCCAGGGUCCUGGCAUUGAAAUAGGUCACCAGUUGUAUUUUCUGUCACAUGGGGCCCAACCCUGCAAUCCUUAUUCAAGCAGUCACACGGUCAAUGGGAGUUUGCUUGAAUAAGGACUGCAGGGUCAUUCCCUGAGCUUUAAGGACAAAAUUAUCCUUUUGGAUUUUCAUGGCAGUAGUUUUCAUCUUUAAUAUUCUCUCUUCCAGCACAUUCAGAGCUCCCAGUGAUGUCAGUGGGAGAACUGCACAAAGCUGAACACUGCCGUAUGAUCCAAGAGAAGAGUUUUGCACUCAGUGUUUAGAUCAGUGGUGGGCAACCUGGGGCCCAUCAGGGUAAUCUGAUUGCGGGCUGCAAGACAUUUUGCUGACAUUGAACGUCCGCGGGCAUGGCCCCCGCAGCUCCCAGUGGCUGCAGUUCACCAUUCCCAGCCAAUGGGAGCUGCGGGAAGCAAUCAGAUUAUCCUGAUGGGCCACAUGCGGCCUCCAGGUCUCAGGUUGCCCAUCACUGGUUUAGAUGUCCAUCUCUCAUCCAAUGCAAAUGAAAGAUAUAUAAGGUUCAGCAGUAGAGGCUGAAGGUGAUCACUGAUCUUCCCUGGUUGAUGUCUCUGCAAUAGCGCUGUGUGAAACAUCUCCCACUAUUUGCAAAAGCAAGAAUCCUGGUUUUGCUGGAUAUGUGAGAAGUAAAUACUUUGCCAAGUUAGUUUUGAAUGUUUUCAGAUUUUUCAAUGCUGAAUAAAUUGUCUUAGGAGCUCAGAUGAUGUCCCCAGAUGUCAGAUGUCUCCAGAUGUCCCCAGAUGAUGUUUUGGUCUAUAUAUUUAUAUACUACCUAGACCUGUUCCUUUGAGGUUCUGAGCACCUACUGACUGGGGCUGAUUGUCCUCCAUUCCUAUUGACUUCAGUGGGAGUUGUGAACUUUAAUACUUCACAGAAUCAGACCCCAUAUGUAUACAGUACAUAUGAUAUAUAAACACAUCUGCAUUACCAUAGACUCAUAGACUUUAAGGUCAGAAAGGACCAUUAUGAUCUUCUAGUCUGACCUGCUGCACAACACAGGCCACAGAAUCUCACUCACCCACUCCUGUAACAAACCUCUGACCUAUGUCUGAGCUAUUGAAGUCCUCAACUUGUGGUUUAAAGACUUCAAGGUGCAGAGAAUCCGCCAGCAAGUGACCCGUGCCCCACUCUGCAGAGGAAGGCAAAAAAACCCCAGGACCUCUGCCAAUCUGUCCUGGAGGAAAAUUCCUUCCCGACCCCAAAUAUGGCAAUCAGCUAAACCCUGAACAUGUGGGCAAGACUCACCAGCCAGACACCCAGGAAAGAAUUCUCUGUAGUAACUCAGAUCCCACCCUAUCUAGUGCCCAGCACAGGCCAUAGGAGAUCUUAUUCUUCUUUAAGGCAUUCCAAAAACUUUCUUUAAAGAUACUGGGAGCUACACAAAUAUAUCAGUAGCAGCACAGAUGAACACUAUAUUACUAGUCUCAUGAAUAUUGUCGUAAUCAUCAAAUUGCAUGUGCUGGUUUCAGUUGAAUCUAGGAGGUAAGGAUUAAAUUGCAAGAAUUCCUGUACUGACCAAAAACUCCAAGUGGAAGUGAACUAAAUAUUGUACUCUGCAUACUAGCAAGCCUGACAUGGCUAUUUCAUAAGGGCAGAUUAUUCACAGGUCUACAAGAAGCAGCAAUCUAAUUGCUUUUCCUGAUUCAUAAAUCCUACUAAAUUCAGAUGCAGGUUUGGCAAAUCCCUACUUACAGCAGCAAUGUACUUUAAAAUAGAUGGUCUAGUAAAUACCUUUACAAAGUACACAAAAGUGUCCCCUUCCCAAAGAGAAGAGUCUUUGUUUCUCUUGUUUCUUAAUACCUACCCAGAACUCUAAUCUCUGUGAAAACACGAUAUUUUAAAUACAGUUUGGCAGUUCAACUUCAGACACCACUGCAGUUUAGCUAAAUUAAAAAUACCCACUAAGCUUAAACCAAUACUUAUCUAAAUAUACAUGAAAGACUUGCUAUUUAUAUUUUAAAUUAUUUUCCAUGGUAACCAGCUAAUUUUAUGGUCGAUCCUAAUACUCCUUUAAACACACAAUAAAUUCUUUUUUGCUUCAUUUACCAUUAGUGACAAAGAAAUCUCAAUAAGGAGCACUGAAUACCUGAAAACUGGUGUAGAAACUAGCUACCUGGUUAUAUAUAAAUGUGCUGUUUCCAAAACAAAUACAUUUUGAAUUAGCACAGAUAGUAAACACAAUCCCAAGGCUUUAGAUGCCCAUGCAAUCAAAGCCAUAUUCAAUAUUAAUGUUUUAGAAUAAAUUAAAUGUUCUCUGCACAAACCUGAAGUAAUUUAAUAGCUAUUGUAAACCAUAAAUAGUAAAUAUUUUUAAAAUCAUUUAUUGAGCUGUGCUUCCCCCUCCGUACCUUCCCCCCUCCCCCCAAAAAAUCUUACCUUUAAUGAAGCUGGGAAAAAAGCACAUGUUGCUGUGUUUACUGAAAAACAAACUAUUUUGUAGUUAUGACAACAAUUUUGGGGGGUGAAAUUCACCCCAGUGCGGAGGAAUGGCACAAGGUCCCUCCCAUCAGUUAAAUCCCAUUUAAAGCCUAUUUUCAUAGCUUAUGUGGGACUAAUGCUGUCCCUAUGCAUCAGGAUAAAUUUCACCCUUGUGAACGUGACUGGCAAAUUUUAUACAUGAUUUUUUUUUCCUGUGAAAAUGAUGAUUUUCCCCCCUGGAAUAAAUUUACAAGAAGAAGAGUUUUUCAAAAGUUAGCAUUUUGCUAUGCAUCCUGCAAAAAAGCUAUUUCUUAGCAAAAGGGACACUAUUUAAUCAUAUUUGUGAAUUCUCACCAACAUUCCCCAAACUACUGGAUUUUCUUUUUUUUUACUAGUGACUACUGAUGAAGCAAAUAAUUGGUAGUUUCACACAGUUCUAUUCACUGGUGAGUACAGGUGUUCCUAUGUUUUUGUUAUUGUGUAUUUCUUGUGUUCAUUCGUGGAUCAAAUGUCCAGUUCCCUUGUACUAAAAUGGAAAUGUAGAACCAUUUUUUUAAAUAUGAUACUGUAGCCUGCAUACUAAUGGAUCCAUUCUUCAUUGGGCAUAUAUGUAUCAUUCCACUGACAUUACUUGGAAUUGCAUAUGUGCAUCAAAGGGAAAAUAGACUUUUUAAAAUGUAAUGCCCGUGGGCUUUUUUUUUUCUUUACUAAGUCAGUUUUUUCCAUCCUUAUUCAUAGUGGGUAGUCCCUUUGACUGGGACCAGUUGAGGAGUAAACUACUACUUAAUAUGGGUAAGGAGGAAGAAUCUAGCCUUAAUUUGCUGCAGUUUACUCUACAAACCCAAGUGAAAGUAGUUGUCUGGUACACCAUAUCAUUGUUUAUUCCCUGUACUGUAUAUUCUCUAAUGAAGAGACUUCACUAAGGUGCUAUAUGAAUGUAUUGUUUUUACAUCAGUCUGAUCUAAUAUGAUCUGUUUUAGCAUUCACCCAGUAUUCUGUUGUGUUAGGCACAGUUAAUGUUUUGUUUUUUUUAAGAAAGCAAAUGAAGAUCCUUUUCUUUAUUGGAUUAAAAAUAAAAUCAAAAUUAAAGUGCUUCACCUUGGAAAACUGUAAAAGGGAACAUGGUUAGACAUCUUAUCUGCAAAUACAACCGGCCUUCAUUUUGAAAUGUUAUACCAGUCUUGGUGGAAUUGAUACCACUGAAUAAUCACAUCUGACGUCUGCAUUUGUGAUCCCUGCAUGUUUGAAUGAGUUAGAAGUUAACAGCAGUGACACAUUAUGUAUAAUGAGAUGAUGUAAAAUAACACAUUCUCAUAUGGCACAGUGCUUUGCAACAAACAGGUGGGAUAUACAAGUGGAUUCCAAUGAAAACAACUAAUAUGAUUCCUUUCUCUGUCAGAUUCUAAAUAAGGUAAAUAACUUGAAUCACAACUACUGUGUCAGUUUUCUCAUAUGCUCUCACUGAAGUCAAUUGCAAAAUUUCAUCUGGCUUCAAUGGGAGCAGGAUUAGUGCUAUGUAAUAUUCACACUUGGAGGUGUGGAUUUAAAGGUUCAUGAAGUAACUAUUUAUGCAGAACUAAAACCAAAAAUCUAUGGUCCUUAUGUUUCCAUAUUUCUUCUCAGCACUAAAGAUGGUCUGAAAUGGAAGUAGCCUCCUUGCUGGUUGCUCUUUGUAUCAUAACUCUACUGCAGUGCGACAUCAUUCUCACUUAGCCUCCAGAGGCUCUUCUAGGAGUUUUGAAACAGUGAAUCUAUUCCAGUGUUACCUAAUCUACAGUAUUAUUUCUCAAGUGGCAGUUGUGGAUAGUACUUCUGAAAACAAUAUUGUAUAGAGACAGGAUCGAUACCGCCAUAAAUGAUGAUCGAGAAGAGAAAGUAUCCGCCAUAUUAGUGUGUCACUACUAUAAAACUUAGAGAAAUCCAAAACAGAGUGGACCAGCUUUUAUUCAUUAUUGGAUAUUUGCUAGUUAUGAAACUGCCUACUAAGGGCCCAGAGUGAAAUUCACCCCUGUAUAGAGAGACAACAAAUGGCUUAUAAGUCAUUUAUAUCCCAAUUAAGCCUUGAAAAUAAUUAAGUGGGAUUUAAAUGGUUAAUCAAGCCUUGUGCUGGCCCUAUGCACAAGGGGGUGUGUAUGAAUUUUGCCUUCAACUAAUGAGUCUGAACAUAAAAAGCAACUUUUAUUUCCUCUGUUCACCUCGUUAGAUACAGCUGUGUCUUACUUCUGUCCUUCCAAUUGCUCUUUAUUCAGUCAUAUUUUCUUUUUUCUUCCUAGCACUUUAGAAAAUCAGGACUCCUGAGACAGCAGUGUUCUUAGGUUAAAAGUCUGAAUUCUGGUUGGCUUUGAAUUGCUGUAUUUCCCCAAUCUCUGUAUGAAAUGAUCCAGUUUCUCACUAUGCUUGGCAAGUAAGCCUCACAAGCAUGAAGUUCAAUUUUGUUGGCUGUUUCCCAUCACACAGACUGUUAUUAGGACAAGUUUGUCUGGAUAACUAUAUUAAGCAAAGCUUUUGAUUUUGAUUUUGUUUGUUUUUUGUGAAGUUUUUGUUUUAAAUUAAGUUUAUUUCCCAAGGGUAAACAGAUACCUUAUAAAAAGUGUUGGUGUUUAAUUUUUAAAACAAGGAUCCAAACUUUCUUUGUGGUUAUACCGUAUCUUUUGCGAGCAGUUUGAAAAGAUGACAUUUACACACAAUGCCAUGGUAAUAAGAAAAAACUGAAUACAAGAAUUAAAUAUAUUUAGUAGAGGAAGAAACCAUGUGUUGCUGGACAACUGGAUCAAACGGGUAUAUUUCUUUUGUGGAAUUGCACUUAAGCCGUUAAACUUCUUGUUUAAGGGCAGAGGAAUAGCAUACUCCUUCCUUUCCGCAUAUUGCAUUAACCCUUUUACAGAGAGACAUCCACAUGGCCCUAGCUUUGUCCUGCUCUUGCUGCUUCAAUGAAAAUAAUGUGUUCAACUUUAAAAAGGAUUGACCUAGGCAUGCUCAGAGAUGUGGCCCAGAAACGAUUGUAUUAGCAAUCUAUUCAGGUCAGUGUGGUUCGGCAAUGGAAUAAUCUUGUCUACGUACAUGAAUAGAGUUGUGGCAGACAUGGGGAAAUAGUUAUUUAUCCUUGCUAUAGUACCUGUAAUUUAUUUUAAAAUAAAUGAAAUGACAUGAAAAGA